CGGAACAGGCAGGAGAAGGAGACCAAAGCGGGCAUACUGUACAUAGGCAGAGGGCAUAGAUUGUUGCCCUUCAUCAUUUUAGCACAGUUCCGUACUGUCGGUGUUCUAUUUUAUCGGCUUGUGCCAGGAAACACAUAUUUAUUUAUAUUUAUAUAGUGAGUUGCAGUGAAAAUGGCGCAGCCGGACAGUAAGAAGAUAUUUUUUGAGAACCUGUCGGGAGCGGGCAAAGCCAUUGCGGUGCUGACGAGCGGAGGGGAUGCUCAAGGAAUGAAUGGUGCUGUACGUGCUGUGGUUCGAAUGGGGUUGUAUGUGGGGGCAAAGGUUUAUUUCAUUCAUGAGGGAUAUCAGGGUAUGGUGGAUGGUGGGGAUAACAUAAAGGAAGCCACAUGGGAAAGUGUGUCCAGCAUGCUACAGCUGGGAGGGACCGUUAUCGGCAGCGCUCGCUGCAAAGAGUUUCGCACUCACGAGGGGCGCCUGAAGGCUGCCCACAACCUGGUGCAGCACGGCAUCACCAACCUGUGUGUGAUCGGUGGAGACGGCAGUCUGACGGGAGCCAACCUCUUCAAGGAGGAAUGGAGCGGGCUGCUGAAUGAGUUGGUGGAGCAAGGUUCGAUUGAGGCCGAUGCUGUCCAGAAGUACUCUGCGCUUCACAUUGUGGGGAUGGUCGGCUCUAUCGAUAACGACUUCUGUGGAACUGACAUGACAAUUGGCACUGACUCGGCUUUGCACAGAAUCAUCGAGGUGGUGGACGCAAUUAUGACAACUGCACAGAGUCACCAGAGAACAUUUGUUUUGGAGGUCAUGGGCAGACACUGUGGCUACCUGGCCCUGGUGAGCGGCCUGGCUUGCGGGGCAGACUGGGUGCUGAUCCCUGAAAUGCCUCCAGAGGAUGGCUGGGAGGAGAAGAUGUGUCAGAAACUAUCUGCGAACCGAGCAGGGAUGAAAAGGCUGAAUAUCAUAAUUGUAGCCGAAGGGGCGAUUGAUCGUAACAACAAAUCCAUUACCACUGAAUAUGUUAAGAAUCUCGUGGUCAAGUGCUUGGGUUUCGACACACGAGUGACAAUUUUGGGACACGUGCAGAGAGGAGGAACCCCAUCUGCUUUUGACCGUAUCUUGGCCAGCCGUAUGGGUGUUGAGGCUGUUCUCGCGCUUCUGGAGACCACGGCCAACACGCCGGCCUGUGUGGUGUCUCUGUGUGGGAACACAUCGGUGCGCGUGCCGCUGAUGGAGUGUGUGCAGAUGACUCAAGAGGUCCAGAAAGCUAUGGACCAGAAACGCUUUGAGGAGGCCGUUAAGCUUCGGGGCAGGAGCUUUGAAAACAACCUGAAGACAUACAAACUGCUGGCUCAUCGUAAACCAGAAUCCGAGCUGCCAACUAGCAACUUCAAUGUGGCAGUGCUGAAUGUCGGGGCCCCUGCAGCGGGCAUGAAUGCUGCUGUCCGUUCAGCUGUGAGGGUGGGCAUCUCUGAGGGGCACAAGAUGUUUGCUGUCAGUGAUGGCUUUGAGGGAUUCUACAAAGGACAGAUUAAGGAGGUGAAAUGGGGUGAUGUCGGAGGUUGGACAGGACAGGGUGGCUCCCUCUUGGGGACAAAAAGAACACUUCCUGCAAAACACGUGGAGAAAAUUGCAGAGCAAAUGCGAAAGCACAAUAUAAAUGCUUUGCUGAUUAUUGGUGGAUUCGAGGCGUUUGAGAGUCUGCUGCAGCUGUAUGAGGCUCGCGCCAACUAUGAGGAGUUUUGCAUCCCGAUGUGUAUGCUGCCUGCCACCAUAAGUAACAAUGUACCCGGCACCGAUCUAAGUAUCGGGGCAGACACGGCCCUCAAUGCCAUUGUGGAGACCUGUGACCGCAUCAAGCAAUCAGCCAGUGGGACCAAGAGACGUGUGUUCAUUAUUGAGACUAUGGGAGGCUACUGUGGCUAUCUGGCCACGGUGGGGGGCCUGGCUUCAGGGGCUGAUGCUGCUUACAUCUACGAGGAGCCGUUUGACAUCAAAGAACUGCAGGCCAAUGUCGAACAUCUGACAGAGAAAAUGAAGACGAGCAUUCAGAGAGGUCUGGUCCUCAGGAAUGAGAACUGCAAUGAGAACUACACAACAGACUUCAUCUAUCAGCUGUACUCUGAAGAAGGCAGGGGGGUGUUUGACUGCAGGAAGAAUGUGCUGGGACACAUGCAGCAGGGAGGAGCACCGUCUCCAUUUGACCGGAACUUUGGGACCAAGAUCUCAGCCAAGGCCAUGCAGUGGGUCUCCAAAAAGCUGGUUGAGACGUUCAGACAAGAUGAAGGCCGAGUGUUUGCUAACGCCGAGGACUCCUGCUGUCUGCUGGGAAUGCGCCGCAGGACUCUGGUCUUCCAGCCUGUGGUCCAACUCAAGGAUGAGACUGACUUUGUUCACAGGAUCCCCAAGGAGCAGUGGUGGCUGAAGCUGCGUCCUUUGAUGAAGAUCUUGGCUAAGUACAAGACGAGCUACGACGUCUCCGACUCCGGACAGCUCGAGCACGUCGUACACAAUCGACCAAAAGACUCGGACGCUUCGGUGGCCAUGUGAAGGCCCGCGCUGUAUGACGGUCUGAGUUCAGUCUUUGUGUAUGAUGGAAAUUUUGUGAGGUGUCAGUCUUUGUGUUGUAAAUGAGCUCCUGUUACGACAUGAACACUUUUUUUUCUGGCCACACGCUGUGUUCAUGUUCUGUUACUGUCAUUCCUUUUAGUGGCGCUCCUCUCAGUUUUGUUUUAAAAAACUCACCAACUGUAGUCUAGCCUCUCUCCUCCUCUUAUUAAAUGCACACACACACAGCUGUCCUGCCAUGCAUCUGUGUGUCCUCGUCGCCCUGGAUCUUUUUAGUGUUUUUAAAUUGCACUUUCUGUGUCUUGAGUUGCUUCGACAUUCUCUGACUGCAGAGCUGCAGAGUAGGCACUUUAUCUGCAGCACAAACCAGUGCGUAUCUUCUUAGAACGAGUGUGAGGUUAAGCAUAUUUAUAUGAGACUGAUGCAAUAUAGUUUUGCUGCAAGCCAAGAGAACUCCAUUCUGUGCUUUAACAAGGAAACUAAUAAUUAUCUUUUAAAAAGUAUUUUUGCUUGUAAAUGUGGAUAUAUUAAAAAUGUAGGCACUGCUGUACUGAGUAGCUGUCUGUUAUAUUGCACCAACAGAGUUAGAUGUAUAUGAGACCCACAGAAUAAAAUCAUACUUGAGAUGU